AUGCUUGCUCCAAACCAAGCUCACGCUGUGGCUGAUCAACAGCAGAUCAUGUCUGCUAACAAACUACCUGGCUUCUUCUUCCGAAAGCGCGUCGAAAGAAUUGAUUGGAGACGCUUGGCCUCUGUAGAUGUCUGCCAGGUUGCCAGUCAGAUGGACAUUGAUGCGUUGCAGGACAAUCUUGUCAGCGUAGCAUUUUGUGACAUUACUUCAGAGUUGGAUACACGCUAUGUGGACACAAAUUUUAUAAAGCUGUUUCAGCUGGCUCAGCUUCUGAUUGAAUACCUUCUCUACUCUCAAGAAUACUUGACUAGUGGUUUAGAGGCUGUCAAAUUGGAAAACGAAAAACUGAAGAAGGAAUCCGAAGCCUUAAAAAAGCGUUUCGAGGCUCAGACGCAAAGGCUAACAAGCACCCGCAGAGAGUGUCACCGACGACGGCUUCUUUUGCUGGCCCAACAACAGCUCAUGGAUGCUGGACCUCAGGCCUACCAUCGGUGUCCCCAUUGUCCCAAGGCCUUCAUAAACGCCUCCUUCUUGAAUGCGCAUUUGCAUCGGAGGCACGCCGAGAUCGUCAACGCGUUAGAACCCAUACGACAGGGGUUAUCUUCACCUUCCAGAGCCCAGCGUCCGGACUUUGCACGUGAACAGCUGGAGAGCAAGAUCCGAGAGGAGACAAAUGAUUUGACAGAGAAUGUGGUCUCCGAGUGGCAACCUGUGGUGGUCACCACUCCGCGGGCCGCUUCCUCCCCAUCGCCCAUUUGGAAGGAACGUGCCGAUCGUCUGGAAGAAGAACUGCAAAAGGAGCGUGACUGGUUUCGGGAGGCCGAGGAACGUAAUCGCGUAUGGCAAGCUGCCGUUGCGGACCAGCAUAAGGCUGACAUUGAAGCGAUGCGCUCUAUGUUUGAGACGGAGCUACAAAACUUACGGGAACAAAACUGCCAAGCACAAAAGGACCACCUUCAACUCACUGCGCACAAAGGCCCUUCCAACUUUGGUGACCUUGUUGAUGAUCCGAUUGAUCAGUUCGUCAGGCCAUCGGCGAAGUCUUCUAGUCCUGUUCGACACAGUCGGUCGUCAGCGUCGGAUGGCAUUCCAGUCAUCAGUGGCGUUGUCAAUGCCAAUAAUGCGGAACAGACCAUGAGCUGGUCAUCUGCCCAGGGUUUAUCACCGGGCCACCCCCCAGGUGGGCUCAGGCUGGGGAAUGAACAGACAGAACCCCCCUGCAGUAGCCCGUCUGUCACCACAGUCACUAGUUGCACCAACACAAGCCCCGUACGUCAGAUCCCGGUGAACCUAGAGCGUGCUCCGCCCACAACAGCCUUGGUGACCAAAGCGACGGAAACCACAAAUGACGGUUAUUACAAGCCGCGGCGCAGGUCAACCAAACGAACUACCAGCGAACAACACAUCUGUCAGGACGUCUCUGUUCAGGCAGCUUUAGAAGUAUCGAAAAUACACUCGACUUAUGGUACCAGCACAAUCUCUCAGGACUUCCGAAACAAGGGCUUAAUUGUCGAAGGCUUGAUUGUGCGCACUGAAGAUGAGGAAGAGGCAGAUAUGGAAGCCGACGGAAGCCGCAGCAUCCAUGUGAUACCAUAUAUGGCAUUGCGCCUGGACCCCACUGGAAAUGUGAUCCCAUACACCCAAAUCCUGAAUCAACUGCGAUCGGACCCAGAAGCACUGAAGCGGUUACGCAGCGAAGUUGAAAUACUUCUUUCGGAACAGCUUGUCGAUCACGAAAUUGAUCCACAGGCUACUGGCAUUUCGAAUGAACAAUUAAGAGAACGAUUGGAUGCCCUGAAGCGGGAAAGAGAGCAUCUUACCCGAAAGCAUCCCAAUUUUGCUGAAAUACGAGCGUCUAUUGCUCAGCAGGUGGACCGGAUGGCCCGAAUUGCUUUGCAUUCCAAACGUGACCGCGAUUAUCUUGGAAAGCCGAUGCCCGCAGCUAAUCAGUCAAAGAAACCCCGUAUGAGCGCCAGCUCUGUCAAUAGCAACACCUUAGCUGUUGCUGAGGGGGAAGUGAGCAACGAUGUCACUCGAGCCUCUUCUUCCCAGCCGAAACAACCUUCAACUUCGCCACACACCUCCCCAGCCGGAAUAUCCCAGUUGCGGGCCAGGCGUCCGCAACGAGAAGGUAGCACGGGUACCAUAGCGAUGAAUGGACUGAACGAGAGCACACAUACGCAGUCAACUUUCUCGCUCUUUGAGGAGGUCUCGGAACAUCCCGGUGGCUCACGGAGUGAACGGGACCUGUACCAGGUCCCACAGACCAAUAAAUUUAGUCAUUGGCUACCUUCACUUAGCAGUUUCAUUUUCAGUAAAAAUCAUCCUUUUGGCAGAUAUCUAAGAACAACUAGUCAGCCGGACAUUGAAGAAAUCAGUUUUGAGGGAGAAGAGAUGGGCGUUGACGUUGGAGAGCCGACAAUGCCGUCAGCGAAGCGUCGCCUUAGUACUAGCCGUGGUGACCGACGUCUCUCUCAGGACAUCACUCCAAAGGCCAUGAUCCGCGAGGAGGCUGCCCCGCCGCCAACUGUAGCUGAGCCUUGCAGGAUAGCUGUCUUGCAAUCGGCUCCAAAGUCAGAGUCGGCACAACCGGCUUUAGCUAAAGCGACCACACUAGAAAGUAGCGAAGACUGGGACAGUGCAUCAGACGAAGACACAAAUGCUGGGUAA